GCACACCGCAGGUGCCUGCCAGUGCUCCGGAAUUCGAAACGUUUUGCACUACCAUCAAUCACGGCGUUGAGAUGACCAUUUCAGAGCUGUCGAAAGUGCGCAGGCUUCAUUUUGAGGCCAGCACCAUGAUUGUGGCUCACACCAGACAGCAGGUUUCAGGGGACGGCGUUACAGAUGGUGUCAAGAAGAUGCCACAGGCGGAGAAGCAGGCUCGACUGGUGCAGCAGCAAGCCAAGCUUCAGGGGCUGUCCAUCACUGGUGAGUUGCAACCCAGCCAUGCGUUGAUUGACUUGGCAGCAUCCAUGCUUGAUAACAAUGCAGUGAUCUGGAUCGCUCCUUCUAAAUGUUCCAAGAGGGAAGCGGAGUUGCAGUUGACCGCCAAGGAGAAGCCGCAGAUUUUGUCAAUUGAACAGCAACUCCUGAAGGUGACGGCGCCGGAACUGCAGGUCAAGGUGGAUAACGCGACGGAGAUUCAGAUGCAGUGGUCUCUUCAGCGGAGGGGCAUUGCAUUAGAUCAGUGCGGCUUGGUCGAGUGGUCUGUUCAUCAGCACUGGGUGCAGUACCUUAUGGGGUUGCUUGUUAAGCCUUCUCCCGACGGUUACAAUCGCAUUCGCAUGGACCAGCUUCUGAAUGCAGACCGGGAGCUAUUCACCGUAAUGUCGGAGGAGCUGCAGCACAAGAAUGUGAUUACCAUGCACUUGCUGCCUUUACCGUUCCGAGCAUCCACAGGGGCAGCCUCGCUCAAGACCAGCCUGGAGUUUCCGUUGGGUUUGCCGGGCUUGAGUGGCGUUGACAAGCUCCGCACUGAGACAGCAAAUUUGGUAUAUGAUGCCUGCGCCCAGCUGGUGCAGGUUCGUGAAGUUUUGCGUGAGAACCUCAGCCUGAGCCCGGCGGAUUUGGCACUGAAGAGAUGCAAAGAGCUGGCUAAAUGGACUAUGCGUGCAGCUGCUCUGAAAGAGGAGGAGUUGGUCUUCAAGCAGGGCAUGCAGGAGCAUCUGCGGGUUUUAAUGUCCAAGAAGAGGUUGCUACUUUUCCAGGAAAUGUUGCAAGCAGUGCAAUACCCCGACAGUGAGCUUGUGGCAGAUAUUGCGGCGGGCUUCAAGCUGACUGGUUGGCAGCCGCAGACCGGAGUUUUCCCUUCGUGUGUCAAGCGCCCUCAGUUUGACGUUGAGACGCUCAAGAAGUUGUCCUCUGGGUUAAACAGGACGGUCUUGGGGCAAUUGCGGCGGGAAGAUGAUCAAGAUGAACUGGUCGUUGGCACUUGGGCGAAAACGCUGGAAGAAGUGUCUUUGGGCUACAUCUGGCAGGAUCACGAUUCGAAGCCGGACGAUGUCUUCCUUGCCAAGAGGAGUCUGGGAGUUGAGAUCUGUUUGGAUGGCUUUAAGGAUGGAGUGGUCACCAUCGGCCAUACCAACGAGAGGAUUCUUGGUGACAUCGCGGGCAGGCAAG